AUGGCCACUGUUGUCCUUCAGCAACAAACCCCCGUUCGACAGUCGACCCCUCCACCUCUCGGCCCUUCUGUUACAUUGAAUCAACCUCGCUCUUCCUCCCAAGUGCCUAACAAACACUUGCCAUACUGUCCUCCUGGACCAGUUCCCGCCCAGUCGCAAAUCACUCCGCCCAAUUCGCCUCCACUGAGACAGGUUGCGUCGAAACCGACCACUCUCCUCCAUCCUCCCCACAACUAUCCAAAGCUAUGCAAUUCUCCGCCCAUCUACGGCAUCAAUGCCAAAGGACUGGCAGAAGCGCUUGAACACUAUUCUUCACAGCCCCUUCCAAACCCAUCUUCGGUGUUCCCGUGGCUCCAUGGGCUGCAUCCGGAAAAUCACAUCCAGCUGGCCUUUUUCGUGGCAAGAAAGAGAUCGUUGCGAAAGAUCCCAAAAUGCUUGCGAGGUAUAACCAUUAUAAAAGCUGGUGGAGACCUGACGCGGUCGCGGAUCAAGGGCGCCGUUGCGCCCGAUGAGAUUCUCAAUCUGUCCGACGGUAAUGGUCACGGCUUUUUGGAUUGUGACCCGCGAGAGGGCUUCUCCGUCCGCAACUUCCACAUUCAGGCGGCCAAGAUGGCUUUGGUGUCCGACAUCGUCAUCUACGGCGACGAGGACACAGAUGGUCGUAUUAUCAAGUCUGUUGCUGAGCGAACCGCGUCUGUGCAAAAGAGAUGGCGGAAAGAAUUGGAGAAUAUGGGACAGUCCGCCGAGACUUACCAUACCUUCGUGCUCACACAACCUUUUGAAGACGUGGAACAAGCCCAUCCAGAGUUAGUGGCCAUCGACUCUCGGGGCAAGUACACCGACUCUACCCUGGACUUUGUGCAACAAGAAAGACGAGAGAUGUCUGCCAUGUCCAAGGCUUCCGAGAUCUCUCCAGGUGUGUUCCAAGGACCGACGCCUGGCCCAUAUACCGAACCACCAUCAACCAUAGAUGAUCCGACCUAUGACCUUUACAUCGAGGCCAGUGAUCACGCAUCCAUGCCAGACGACAAAGCCUUGGCUGCAAAACUGAAGCAACUCGAAACUCGUGACGACGAUGAUCCUGUCCAUCUCGCGUUUCCGAGCUCCGGCAGUAUCAUGCCGGCCGCUUGGUCCCAAGCUGAGGUGACGGGAAUUCUGCGCAUGUGUCGAUGGCUGUACAAGUUGAUCCAUACCAAAGAGCCAGUUGAUGACGCCAAGCACAAGGAUGGGGACAUUCAGAUGACCGAAUUGACGCCCCGUCCCCGUCGCGUCUUACUGCAUUGUGCAGACGGAUAUACUGAGACCUCCAUGUUGGCGGUGGCGUACUUUAUGUAUGUCGAAGGCGUUCCGGUUCAUGAGGCUUGGAUCCGGCUGCAUUGUGAAAAGAAGCGUAACUUCUUCGCCUAUCCUUCCGACGUAGCUCUGUUAAGCACCAUCCAAGAACGGCUGUUGCGGGAAAGCCCAAAGUUUGUUGAUGCAAAACCUCCUCCAAUCACGGCGCCGGCUUGGUUGACCAAGUUUGAUGGCAGCCUCCCCAGUCGCAUCCUGCCGUAUAUGUAUUUGGGAAAUCUCAACCAUGCAAACAACCCGGAAAUGCUUCGAUUGUUGGGGAUUCGGCGCAUUCUUAGUGUUGGGGAGCCGGUGUCCUGGUCAGAGGCCGAAAUGCAAGCCUGGGGUCGAGAAAAUUUGUUUAUGGUGGAUCGCGUGCAGGACAAUGGUAUUGAUGAACUUACACUUGAAAUGGAGAGGUGUUUGGAGUUUAUCGAAAGAGGUCGUUCCGAUGGUACCGCGACCCUGGUGCACUGUCGGGUGGGAGUCAGUAGAUCUGCCACCAUUUGUAUUGCAGAGGUCAUGGCUCGCUUAGGAUUGAGCUUUCCAAGAGCAUACUGCUUCGUGCGCGCCCGUCGUCUCAAUGUCAUCAUCCAACCACAUCUGAAGUUUGUGUAUGAACUGAUGAAGUGGGAUGAACAACAGCAAGAGAAGCGGGGUGAACCAGUGAAGAGAGAGCUCGACUGGGCUACAGUGGCCCGAGAGAUCGCGGCGAUGAACAGACCCUAUGCCAGGAAUUGA